AUGAGUAAAAGAACUCUAAAAAUAUUAGAAAACUGUACAUUAUUUUCUAAAAAUGCUGGCGAAGCCGAAGGUGCUAGUAGAAGUAAAUUAACGUCCACAAGUGGGUUUCCCCCUGACUUAGAUUAUACCGUCAGUACUAAUAUAAUACCAUUACGUCCUUUAACUCAUAGUAAAUGGGUAUUUUCUAACAAGGAAGAAUUCUUUGGGGAGCAAAGUUCUAAAGAAUUAACAACCCUAAAGGAAAUUCCCUUAGAGACACAUUGUGGCCUAGAAGAAAUAGAGCAUGUUCCUGAGAGUGAUGAUGAUUCACUUCAAGACCCUGAUUAUACGUCAUCGGAGAUUUUAGAUAGAGGAGAAUACCCGCUUACAGCAGAGUUUAAGAUAGAAAAUGAAAUUGGCAACGUUGAUGAUAAUAUUGAUAAUGAAAUGUUACAAGAUAAAAAUGAAAACACACCUGGAAAAUAUAGGACAAGGAAGCGAAUAAGGAAUAACAAAUCCUGA